UCAUCUAAACAGUAAAAGCUGAAAGAAGCAGUAAAGUCAGCAGCAGGAAUUAGUUUCCUUUCCCGUAUGCUUUGAAUUUCCACUCCUUUUCACAAUAAAUAAAUAAAUGGUUUUCCAUCUAACAACUACUAAAUCAAUCCAUCUCCAACAACUAAUGUUGUUGCUCUAGAUUUAGAUACAGAGCAUUAGUCAAUUACCCCACUAAUUACCCUCAAGAAAAUUAGUGCUGCAAAUGUCAAUUCUAAAUUAAUAAAACCUUUGAUGAUUUUGAGAUGAUGAUGAUCUUCUUCAUGAGACUUGGUCUCACAAGUACAAGGAAGGUAGGAAAGAAAGAGGGAUGGGGUUGAAAGUGAAACAAUAUAUUUAUUAAUAAUACACUCUUCCAAUCAAAAUUCAUUUUGUCUCUCUCUCUCUCUCAAAUAAAUACUGCAAUUUCUUCUUCCUUCUUCUUCUUUUAAUUUAGGAAAGAUUUUGGGUUUUGGAAUCAAAACGUAACAUAACAGACCAGACCAGAAGAGGUUGAGAUGAUAGAGAAGAAAAUGAAGAUCAAUUGGUGUUUUGGAUUGGUGUCUCAGUCUGCAGCUGCUGAUUGUUAUUAUAAGAACAAUACUAGUACUACCUCUCUGGUGAUGGUGGUGGUGUUGCUGUUGACUACUCUCUUUUCUAUUGGAGCACAGCCUAUUACCGCUCCUAUCGAAGUAACUGCGUUACUAGCAAUCAAAGAAAAUCUGACUGAUCCAAGGAAUUUCUUGAAGAAAUGGAGUAAGCAGACAGACCCAUGUACCUCCAAUUGGACUGGUGUGCUAUGCUUCAAUACUUCCUCUCCUAUCGACGGCUAUCUACAUGUCCGAGAACUGCAAUUGCUGAGUAUGAAUCUUACCGGAACCUUAUCACCCGAGCUUGGUCGAUUCUCUUACUUGGAAAUUAUGGAUUUCAUGUGGAAUAAAAUUACUGGGAGUAUACCCAAGGAAAUCGGCAACAUUAAAACAUUGAAGCUGCUUCUCUUGAAUGGGAACAGAUUGACAGGUUCUUUACCAGAGGAACUUGGUGAUCUUCCAAAUUUGGACAGAAUUCAGAUAGACCAGAACUUCAUAUCUGGACCAUUGCCUAAGUCAUUUGCCAACUUGACCAAAACAAAGCACUUUCACAUGAACAAUAACUCAAUCAGUGGAUCAAUUCCACCAGAGCUUUCCACACUACCUAGUCUUGUUCAUUUCUUGCUUGACAAUAACAAUUUAUCAGGGCCUCUACCACCAGAGUUCUCUAGGCUGCCUAACCUGCUUAUUAUCCAACUUGAUAACAACCACUUCGAUGGGGGAAUUCCAGAUUCUUAUAGCAACAUGAAAAAGUUGUUGAAAAUGAGUCUUCGAAACUGCAGCUUGACAGGACCGGUUCCUGACAUGAGCAGGAUACCAAAGCUCGCGUAUUUAGAUCUCAGCUCAAACCAGCUUAACGGGUCAAUACCUUCAAGUAGGCUCUCGGACGAUAUGACCACAAUUGAUUUAUCAAACAACCAGCUGGAGGGGAUUAUUCCUGCCAGUUUUUCUGGGCUUCCUCGUCUACAGAGAUUGUCGCUGGAGAAUAAUUCUUUGAAUGGUUCCAUUUCAUCGAUCAUUUGGAGCAACAGGACUUUCAACGCAACCGAAAAACUUAUCUUAGAUUUCCAAAAUAACUCGCUUUCAGAUAUUUCCGGCACUCUUUCCCCCCCUGUCAAUGUCACCAUCAGGCUUCAAGGAAAUCCUGUAUGUAUGUCUGCCAACCAACUCAACAUAGUUGAUUUCUGCGGGUCUCCUACCGAAGACAAUGAUAUACCAGACCAAUCAAUCAAAACUAUUUGCGGGGAGUGUCCUAAAGACAACGAAAGAGUCACUGCAGCCCCUGUGCCUUGUUUUUGUGCAGUGCCUCUAAAAGUUGGAUAUCGUCUGAAAAGUCCGGGGUUCUCAGAUUUCCCUCCAUACAGGGAUGCCUUUAAUGUGUAUCUUUCAUCUGGUCUUAGCUUGGAACUCUAUCAGCUAUCUGUCCUUUCAGUUGCAUGGGAGAAAGGGCCUCGACUGAAGAUGCAUUUGAACUUGUUUCCUAAUCUCGUCAAUAUUUUCAACGAAAGUGAGAUUCGACGAAUCAGGGGUCUGUUCACAGGCUGGAACAUUGACGACAGUGACAUUUUUGGCCCAUACGAACUAAUGAAUUUCACUCUGGGAUUUUACGAAAAUGUGGACCUAAAACCAUCAAACUCAGGGUUAAGCAAGGGUGCGUUGGCGGGAAUCAUACUAGGAGUCAUUGCUGGAGCAGCUACGUUGACUGCACUGGUUUCAAUUUUUAUUGCGAGAAAACAUAUGAAAACCUAUUAUCGUGCAGUAUCUAAGAAACGUCUAUUGUCGAAGAGGAUCCCAAUCAAGGUUGACGGUGUCAAAGGGUUUACUUUCGAAGAAAUGUCUCUAGCUACAAACAAUUUUGACAGCUCUACUCAGGUUGGUCAAGGAGGCUAUGGUAAGGUAUAUAGAGGUGUUCUAUCUGACGGAACAGUUGUGGCCAUUAAGCGUGCACAGGAGGGGUCAUUACAAGGGGACAAGGAAUUUCUAAACGAAAUUGAGCUGUUAUCAAGGGUUCAUCACCGAAAUCUAGUUUCUUUGAUUGGAUACUGCGAUGAAGAAAGUGAACAGAUGUUGGUUUACGAGUUCAUGCCAAAUGGAACAUUAAGAGAUCACCUUUCUGCAAAAUCAAAGGCAGCAUUGAGUUUUGCUAUGAGACUGCGAAUAGCUACAGAUUCAGCCAAAGGUAUCCUUUACCUACACACGGAGGCAGAUCCCCCCAUAUUCCACCGAGACGUCAAAUCCAGCAACAUAUUGGUCGGCCCCAGAUUUAGUGGGAAGGUUGCUGACUUUGGACUUUCACGUCUUGCACCGGUUCCAGAUAUGGAAGGAACGACUCCUGGGCAUGUAUCAACAGUUGUAAAGGGCACUCCUGGUUACCUUGAUCCGGAGUAUUUCUUGACGCACAAGUUGACAGACAAAAGUGAUGUCUAUAGCCUUGGAGUUGUGUUUCUAGAGAUUUUAACAGGGAGGCAACCAAUUCAACACGGUAAAAAUAUUGUUCGUGAGGUGAAUGGGGCCUAUAACUCUGGCAUGAUCUUCUCGGUAAUAGAUGAAAAAAUGGGAUCUUAUCCUUCUGAAUGUAUUGAGAAGUUUGUUAGGUUGGCCCUGCAAUGUUGUCAAGAAGAUACAGAUGCUCGACCUUCGAUGGCAGAGGUCGUAAAGGAAUUGGACGGCAUCUUGCAUAUGAUACCACAAUCUGACAUCAGCGUAGAUAUUUCGACAGACCACACUGCAUGUGAUUCAGAAAUAUCAAUGACGACGACGACCACCAGGACACCACCUUCAUCAUCAAUGGCAAUGAAUAAUAGGGAUCAAGAUCUUUAUGUGUCUUCAGAGUAUAUCUCCGGCAGCAACCUCGUCAGUGGUGUCGUUCCAACCAUUGCACCUAGGUAAUUUUUUUUGAAAUACAAGCAUCUCCACUCUGGGUAACGAAAUGACUCGAAGAUUACAUAGUUAUACUCCUAUUUAGUGAACUCUUUUGUGCCUACACAUUUGUUCAUAUGUACAGUCAAUCACCAAUUCUUAUCGAAGUUUAUUUUUUAUCAACAUAAAUGAUCCAAAUCAGGCCAGGCAAAAAAGAUAAUGUGAAAUAAAGAUGCUUCAAUGCAGCAUUUACACAUUCAAGGUCAUAUUUUUUUGAAUCAGACCUGGACACAUCCAAAAAUGUAAAACUACCUGAAUGUAUGAUUCUCAUCUAUAUCAUUAUAAACCCUCAAGAAUAUUCAU